UGACCACAGUAACCAGGGAGCUGUGCCAAGAUGACAGAAGACAAUGCUGCGCAACAUUGCGUAGGAAGAGGGAGUCACGUUAACGCGACGCAGUCAAGUGACUUCCAGACUUCUCGGAAGAUGUGGGGCUGCCUGUGUGGAAACACGCUGUUCUUCUUCAACGAGAAGAGAGACAGUGAUUACGUAGAGAAAGUGGAUCUCAGUGGGUUGAUCUCAAUAACAGAUGACUGCAGCCAGGAUCGUAACCUGGAUGCAGCCAGACUCAACCUCCAGAUGAAGGAUAGAAAUAUCAAAUUCACUGCUCCUAAUGCAGAGGCUCGUGAGCUGUGGAAGGGCUAUAUCCUCUCUGUAGCUGAGCUGUCCGUACCAUCCUGCCUCAACCUGCUACCAGGCCAGAUCCACAUGCUAAAAGAGGCAGUAGACAAGGAAAAGGAAAGAAUAAAAAAUGUCGCUCCACCUGCUGCCACCAACUCAGCUGCUUACAUCAGCCUCCAGGCAGACAUGCCAGCUUGUUACUACAAAGUGUCUCGUCUGGAGGCUGAGCUGCUGCUCGAGAGAGAGGCCAAGAAAGGAAACCUGCUGAUGAGGCCCGGGAGUAACGGAAACUCCUUCUCUGUCACCACCAGACAGGACCAUGACGGCUCUGUGAUCAAACACUACCGUGUGAAUCGGAAACACGACGGGGGCUUCGCUAUUGAAGUGGACAAUCCUGUCCUCUGUGCCACGCUUCAUGAUGUGAUCACCUAUUUAGUACAAAAAACUGACGGAGUUCUGCUUCCUCUCAUCAUGGAGGAAACCUACGAGAAAAACAUCUUUUAUAUUCAGUCUGAUAAGGAAAAUGGAGAGAGGAGCGUUCACCAGGCCCCGUCAAACAUCGUCCCACCGAGUAUACCCACCAAACCAGUCGCUCCAAUAUUACCGACCCCUAGACCAGCGGCAGCACCAAUUGGAGAAGAUAAUUUGUACCUGAAUGACACACAGGAGACCGCAAUGGAGACGGAGGACACCUCUGCCGUUCCACUUCCGCAACUGGAGAAAAAAGAAGCAAAGAAAGCAAUCAUGCCUCCAAUUCCUGCUCUUCGCAAAUGCCACAUCUCCUCUUCCUUAUCCGUAAACAGCCAAGAUCUGAGGACGAGAAGCCUCACAGAGCCUGUGAUGCAGAUUCCUCUCGCAGCAAUAUCUGAGCUGAAACUCAAGUUGCAACAAAAGUCCAGGUUUCAAGAGUGACCUCUCCUGGUGGGAACCUCUCAAAGCGUCUGUGAACGUCUGCUCCUCCAGCACCACCAGUGACUCACACCAGUGCAGAGACACUUACCAGUCUGUCCCCGACACACGGGAGCGGAGAGCAGCUGUUUCCACCCGCUCCAUCGCAUCGUGGCUCUGCUCCUCCUCGUCGUCAGCUGGCUGUCGGCACCAAAGCCUCUCCGAGGAUUAACACUUUAUUGAUUCGCCCGUCUAAGACGCUCGUUAGCGAAUGAAUCAACUGUAACGAGGGGUGUACAUGUCACGUUAUCGUCACCCCGUUUCUCUUCUACAUUUUGCACAUUUAACACUGACAACAGUGCAGAUUGUCGUAAUCAGAUUUUCUCUAUCAUGGUUGUUUUUGUCUACUUGUUAUAAUACAACAAUGAAUUGUAUUGUAUAUAUUUUUACAUAACUAAUUUAUACAUGUUAUAAAACCUGUAUUACAAUACAGUGAACUGUGAAUGAAAGAAAACGUUAGUUAGGUUUACUGUACCUAUUGUAUGUAUUAUAUAGAUAUGUAGUGUUAAGUGAAGUCAAACUGUCCCAUCAAAUCAGAACCAAGUGAAGAAGUAACGU